AUGCCCAAUCUUCUCCUCCUUCCGUCCCUUCUUGUUUUGACAUUAUCUUUAGAGGUUUUAGCUCCACCUCCUUAUCACACUCUUGUAGCUCCCAUCCUCAAACACACUAACGCAAACACUUCUCUCUACAGCAUCACCUUGAACUAUCACGAACAUUACGUCAUCGACGUCGAUGCUCCUUUCAACUGGUACCGGUGCCAAUUGCGUCACCCUCCUGUUGGUUGUAAUGCACCCGAGUGCGCCGUUGCUCGGAGUUACCUCUCUCCCUCGUGUCCCAUCUCCAACAACACGUACAAAUACGGCCAGUGUUAUUGCAACGACACGCCGGUGAACCCGGUCACUGGGUCUUGCGCCCUGUCUCAGUCAACCUACAACGAUCUCAUCAUAUACUGGACGAAUGGAAGAUUUCGCAUAACAGCUAUAAUCUUCAGUCACUCGUAUGUAUCGUGUGCUCCAACGUCUCUUCUACAAUCUCUCCCUAAAGAAGCGAUCGGCGUGGGUGCCUUGUCAUGGUCUUCUCUCGCUCUGUUGUCCCUGUUCACCUAUAAUGCUGGCCUUGAGGUCGCAAGGAAAUUCGCUCUUUGCCUCCCUAGCUCUAGCCGUGCUCGUGGCACGAUAUUCAUCGGUGAUGGUCCAUACUAUCUUCUUCCUCCGACGAACGCUGCAAGUGUAUUGUCCUACACUCCUUUGCGUGGAGAUUCCAUAUCGCUGGGAUAUUUUAUCAACCUCACUGGUAUAACAAUCAAUGGAAAUGCGAUAAACGUCCCUUGGGAUGCCUUUGAUUUUAACGUCAAUGGAAGCGCGAGGCUUAGUUCCAUAGUACCUUACACUACUCUUAGGAGCAACAUUUACGAUGCAUUUCUUAAGGAGUUUACGAAGGCUGUCAGAGGCAUCGCUCAAGUGAUGAAUGUCGAUCCGUUUAGCUUGUGCUUCAAUACGAGCACCAUUGGAUUGAGCCGGCAAGGGCUACGCGUGCCUCAAAUUGAUUUGAUUCUAGGAAAUGGAGAGAAAUGGACGAUCUACGGAUCGAAUUCAAUAAAGCAAGUCGAUAACGAUGUGGGGUGCCUGGCGUUUGGUGACGGAGGGAAGACAGUGAAGCAAGCAGUCGUGGUCGGGACGUAUCAAAUGGAAAAUAAUUUCUUGCUAUUUGAUUUGGAUCAAUCAAGAUUAGGGUUCAGCUCUUCCUUGUUGCCUUACGGAACUACAUGCGGUGGCUUCAAUUUUACGGUUGGAGGCAUUGUUUGA